GCCUGACUAUCGUCAAUCGUCAUCGGAGUAGUCGGAGCUGGAGGCUUUGACCAGCUUUGACGGACGUUUAUAAUCACGAGGAUGCGGUCGUCCCGUGAACGCGGAGCUGGUGGAUGUUAACGAGCGACGUCGCGGUGGUUGCCGGGGUAACGUCGCGUAAAAUGAGACGGCAUGUCCGAUUCGGCGCGACUUUUUAGCGGGCUGCUCAUCCUCCUGCCUGCGAUUACGCUAUGCGGAGGCGCGGAUACAUACGAGGUUGACUGCAACAACCUGCGAAUGGGGCAGUACAUCUGUCCGCAUCCCGAUUACGAUUUCAUAGACACGAAGACGCAGCAACCGCGCGGCUGCACCAAGGAGAACAAGGCCAAAGUGUUAUGUCUAGCUGCUGAUGGCCUUAUCUGUAUAGAAACGAAGAAUAAUACGUUCAAGAAGGAUAUACCUUGCAAAUGGACAAACGGAUAUUCCUUUGAGACGUCUCUACUGCUGUCUAUAUUUCUUGGUAUGUUCGGCGCGGAUCGGUUUUAUCUUGGAUAUCCUGCUCUGGGCUUACUCAAGCUGAGUACGCUGGGGUUCCUCUUCCUUGGUCAAUUCGCCGAUGUGAUUCUGAUAGCCACGCAAAUCGUAGGACCGGCGGACGGUUCGCACUAUGUGAUGCCAUAUUAUGGUGCUGGAAUUAAUAUUAUAAGGAGCAAUAAUUUUACGUAUAGAGUGCCACAAUACGACUGCUGAGAGUAACCAGCAUAUCCCGAGCAUACGAAUGACGACUGUUCUAAAAAAAAUAUAUAUAUAUAAUAAUUGUAUAAUGUCUGCUUCUGCCGCGAGCAACGAUGUAUAAAUCCUAGAAAAGUAUCCUAUUUAAUUAUUUAUAUAUAUACAAUUUAUAUUUCAAUGUAAAUUAAUCUCUGUAUUCUAUUCUAACGGAUAAGUCGAACUUGUAGAUAUUAAUCUCUCAACGAAAAAUAUUGUAUAUAAAAAUUUAUUAUUAAUUUAUGCAAUGCCGAUAAUGUAAUUUAAAUAAACUUCUGUUUUUAUUUCUAA